AUGAACCAAACCAAGCCUGAGCAGAUUAUUGAGCUUGAACAGCCAUUUGUCAAGGUUCCAUAUGAACAACUUCGAAAAUCUUUCCGACAAGUAUACAAGUACACCGAAAAGGAGCUUAUGGUUCUGAAUGACAAGAUUGAACGAUGCAUCAAGGCUGCCAAUGAUGGAAAGUUGUCAUUCGAAAAAGCGCAAAUGACACUUGAUGAACUAAUGAAGCAAGUGGAAGGCAUGACAAAAAAGCUUGAGAGAAUUAAGAAAGAAGAAGCUGGCCAUACUCAUCGUAUCAAAGCAAGACUGAACGACCUUAAUGUGGUGUCUGGUGCAAGUUCUGCAAAGGCACCAGAAUUCCAAAAGUGGACAAAGACAAGGUUGAACAGAGUGAUUGUGGAUUAUUUGCUCAGAGAGGGUCUGACAGAGACAGCACAGAGAAUGGCAGUAGAGAAUGGAAUAGAGUUGAUGGUAGAUGUACAGUUGUUUGCACAGUGUGAAAAGGUGGAGACUUCUUUAAAGAAACGGAGCUGUAAAGAAUGCUUGCAAUGGUGUGCCGACAAUCGGUCUGGUCUAAGGAAGAUAAAGAGUACGCUGGAGUUCAAUUUAAGAAUGCAAGAAUUCGUUGAGUUGGCGAGACAAUCCAAACUUGUGGAAGCAGUACUGUAUGCACGCAAGUAUCUUGCUCCAUGGCAGCCUACAGAGCAAGAGAGAAUUAUUAAAGUAAUGGGGAUACUUCCGCACAAAAGCGAUACACGCUGUGAGCCAUACAAGAGUAUGUAUGAUGGUCGCCGCUGGCUGGAUCUUGUUGAACAAUUCAGAUCGGAUAAUUACGCGCUCUGCUCUCUCACGGCCCACCCGUUACUGUACAUUACACUUCAGGUCGGACUGUCGGCCCUGAAGACACCCCAAUGCUUUCAAAACGAGAAUAGAAAUGUGAAUUGCCCUGUGUGUGACACCGAGACCCUUGGAAAACUUGCAGAAAAUCUACCCUUGAGUCACCACCUCAACUCCACAAUCGUAUGCCGAAUGAGUGGCAAGAUUAUGAAUGAAGACAAUCCUCCAAUGUUGUUGCCUAACGGACGUGUCUACAGUCUAGAAGCGUUGCAAGAUAUGAACUGCAAACAUGGUGGUACUAUCACCUGUCCAAGAACUGGUUUUGUGUGCAAAUUUACGGAUCUCAAAAAGGUGUUUGUGUCCUAA